AUGGCCGCGAGAACCAUCAUCAUCGACCACGGGUCCGGCUUUCUGAAGGCUGGCUUGUCGGGGUGGAACGAGCCCCAGAUGGUCUUCCCGAGCGUUGUGAACUACAUCCCGUGCAGAGAGAACCCCGGCCCUAGCUACGCCCGCAGGCGCGUGAGUCUAGGCAUCGACAUUUACCAUCCUGACACCUUCAGCUACCCCGUCCAGCGUGGCCGCAUCCUCAACUGGGAGGGCGUGGAGCACAUCUGGUCCUUCGUCCUGGAGACACACAGACGGGAGCAUGAGGACUCCUCUGUGAUAGUCACAGAGUCCCCCCUGAGGGAGGCUGUGGACCGACAGAAAACCCUGGAGAUUAUGUUUGAGUUACUGGAUGUCCGGUCCCUACUCCUGGCUGACCAGCUGGAGAUGUCCCUGUACGCCUCUGGCCUCCUGACCGGCGUGGUGGUCGAUUCUGGUUAUGGCUUGACCCGUGUGCAGCCUUUCCAUCUGGGCCGCCCCUUACGGCCCAGUGGUAAGACGCUGGAGUUCGCCGGCCAGGAUCUCUCCGCCUAUCUCUUCAAGAGCCUCUUUAAGGAAGAUAGCAACCAACACAACCUGUUUCAGCUGGACACGGUCACCAACACUCAGAUGAACAAGUGCUACGUGCCGCAGAAUUUGGGGGAGGCGCUGGACUUUCGUCAGAGCCUGCCCAGUGGCUCAGAUGAGACCAACACCUAUCAGCUCCCGGAUGGCACCCCUGUGGAGCUGACCCCCAUGCAGCGGCUGGCUCCCGAGAUGUUCUUCAGCCCCCAGGUGUUCGACCUGGAAGGGCCCAGCAUCUCUCAGGCUGUGCUGGAUUCCAUCCAGACCUGCGAAGCCUAUGUGCACCCACUGCUCAUCUCCCAUGUGGUGGCCUGUGGGGGCAACACCCUCUAUCCGGGCUUCACCAACCGCCUGUACAAGGAGCUCAUCGAAGAUCAUUUCUCCUCCACCAAGACCACAGUAUGGGUGGGUUCCAACAGAAACUUUAGCGUCUGGUUAGGAGCGUCUGUUGUGGCUCAUCUGUCUACUUACAAGUCCGAGUGGAUGACCAAAGAGGAGUAUGAUGAGAGUCUGAGGCAGUGA